CUCGCUACACGCCACACGCGCUCUGUGAAGCGGUCGCUGAACUACCCCUGGAAAGUGAUCGGAAGUGUAAGGGGAGAAGAAAAAAAAAAGUACACAUUAAUAUUCAUUCCUUCGUUCGUGUGCCGCACGACGGAAAAAAGAAAACUAACAAUAAUAUUUCUUUAUAAAAAAAAUCAACUAUAACGUUUCUGUUUUAAUUGUGUGAUCAUUGGGCAAAAGGAUAGUACUCGCUGUGUGUAUGUGUGUCCAGUUUUGUGCCGCUAUGGAACGGGAUACAAUUUUUGUGCGGCGGCACCCUUUGUUGCCUGCCGUGUUGAUGGUUCUGGCUGCGGUGGCCAGGUGCGGGUCGGCCCUGGCCGGUAAUGCCAUCGGUAUCGGCGCCUCUAAUGCAUCGGCAGAAAUAACAGAACCCCCUCAGGCACUGGUGGGAGUAGCUGGUUCUUCAUUGGACCUUCCUUGCAACAUCACUGCCCCUACGAUAGACGAUUCGGUGGCACUAGUCCUCUGGUACAAAGACGAGUCCACAACUCCCCUUUACAGCUUAGAUGCGCGAAGGGGCCAACUGGAACAGGCUCGUCACGCUGCCAGCGACUUGUUGGGAGGACGCGCAUAUCUUAGUAUCACUCACAGACCAUCAACACUAAGACUGAAGCCUCUGCUAGAAGAAGACGAAGGCCAAUAUAGGUGUAGAGUUGAUUUCAAGAAGGCUAGAACGAGAAAUUUCGAUGUCAUUCUCACCGUUGUUGUGCCACCGAAGAAACCGGUCAUUAUGGAUCAAAAUGGAGAACUCUUUCACAGUCUUAUUGGACCGUACAACGAAGGAGAUCGAUUAUUUCUUGUCUGUGAGACAGAAGGAGGUAAACCAACUCCUACUCUAACAUGGUGGAGGGAAAGCGUUCUUCUCGACGACAGUUAUGAAGUUAGUAGUGAAGGCGUAGUUCGGAACGAAAUUGAAAUCACUUCCCUUCAAAGACACGACCUAAUGGCUGUGUUUACUUGUCAAGCAUCUAAUAACAAUCUAACAGUUCCCGUUUCCAAAUAUGUUACUGUUGACAUGAAUUUUCGACCCCUGGAGGUGUCAAUUGAAGGUAAUCGUCGUCCUCUCUCCGCCAACAGCCCAGUGGAACUCGUUUGCAGAGCGACAGGUUCCCGUCCACCAGCAACGAUUACUUGGUGGAAAGGAAACACGAAAAUGAAGCGGACCAAGGAACGAAUAUCUAUAGACGGUUAUGUAACGACAAGCAUCCUUAUUUUUACUCCAACAAGUGAAGACAGUGGGAAAUAUUUAUCAUGUCGGGCGGAAAAUCCUCUAAUUCCUGGAAGUGCGAUUGAAGAUGGUUGGAAGCUGGAUAUCAAUUAUGUGCCACAAUUGACCCUUAGACUCGGAAGCAAACUACGCCACGCCCACAUACAAGAGAACAAUGAUGUUUAUUUUGAAUGCAAUAUUCGAGCGUCUCCAUGGGUUUCGGAGAUAGGAUGGAAGUUCGAAGACAGAGAACUCCACACGAAUACUACUAAUGGGGUUAUUGUUUCUAACCAAAGCUUAGUUCUUCAAAAAGUUCAGAGGUCUAGCAGAGGAAAAUAUACCUGUACUGCUACCAAUUCGGAAGGAACUGGAGAGAGCAAUGAUGUCUUUCUUAGGGUGCAAUUCGCCCCUCUCUGCAAAGCGGGUCAAAAGAUCAUCUACGGCGCAGCGAGGCACGAAGCCGUGAGGGUGGUGUGCGAAGUGGAGGCCGAUCCCCGAGAAGUGUCCUUCAAGUGGCAAUUCAACAACACGGCAGAGAGCUUAGAGGUGGUGACGUUCGUCAACGAGGGGGCGACGUCAACGGCCACGUACAUCCCCAGGACGGAAUUCGAUUACGGGACGUUGCUGUGUUGGGGGACGAAUAUCGUCGGAUCGCAGAUUGAGCCUUGCAUUUAUACCAUAGUACCUGCUGGUCCUCCUGAUCCAGUUCAAAACUGCAGCGUCUCCAACCAAACGGAAGAUUCUGUGUUAGUCGAUUGCAGUCCGGGGUACGAUGGGGGACUGCAACAACUUUUUGUUCUGGAGGUGCAUGACACAGGCCUGCAUAGGUUGCAGGUCAAUCUGUCGUCCUCCUCAUAUCCGGCAUUUCAGGUCCGGGGCCUCAGCUCCGGGACCACUUUCGUCGUUGUUGUGUAUGCUGCCAAUGUCAAAGGAAGGAGUCAGGCUGUCGUGCUUAGGACGCACACACUUCCAGGACCAGAGAGUCAAACAAGGAGAGACAACGUAUGGCAAGUGACAUUUAGUCCUGUACUUAUAGUACUAAUAUCCAUAGUAGUUGGGCUCGUUUUUGUGGCAAUGGUAGUUGUUUUGACUAUGAAAUGUCGAACAAGAAAUGAUAGACAUAAAGGACAAAUCUUGCCAAGAAAAGCAUAUAAACUUCAACCAGGACUUGGAAAGGAAGAAGACAGUAACGAAAAUGGUAAAAGUCCCGGAGAAGAAAAAGGUCCAGAUAUUAUUCCUGAUGUCAGCAUUCCAUCUGAACAGAGCGCUGAAGAGGGAUUAGAUAAACAAUUCCUAAGCGACGCUGCCAGUCUGCAACUUAUGGGAGUGAAUGGUUUAGGUCAAACUAUUACAACCAUCAGUAGGCCAAGACAGAUGGAGUUGGAGCCUGAAGCAACGCUUCGAGACUAUUCCCAUAUCACUCCACAGAAAAGGGUUAAAGUCCUACCAAUGGAUGAAACUGGCUCGUUACACAGACCUUACGUCAAGAAUAUACAGACAGAUGUUUAACAUCAACAAAACAAUCGGAAAUAAACGAACUCUCUGCGAACUAAAACCUCAUAUGGAAAAGAUUCUUCACGCAAAGAUUUUAUAAUAAAAAAACCUGAGUUAUCCCAUGACAAAGAUAACAGACUUGGUUUUUGCAAACAUUUGCGAGCCGGACCAAUGUCCUUAUAAAGCUUCGCGGAACGACUGCACAAAAGACGGAGAAAAUACAGCAGCUUUUCCUUCUUCGUGGAAUCUAGAUUUCAUGUAGGCUAUAUCAAACCACCAUAAAUCGUGUUUUAUUUAUGGCUUUUAUGGGAAAGUCCUGAACUGCUGUUGGAUGCCAUGAACCUUUUAACGACUAAUGAUCAAGACUGAUCUAUGAACUUUAUGUAAAUUUUAUUGUAUAUAGUGUGAAUAUAUCGACCGUCGGACAUAUAUCUAUAUCCAUAAGGAGUCAUACUGCACUUCCGUGUAUGAAACCUGCUGCAGAAAGUGGGAACAGUCCCAGGACCCACGUCUUAUUUUUGUAUAAGUGCUAUUGUCCAUGUCAGAGAACAUGUUUUUAAUAAA